GACGCGGCUGCACAAUGUGAUCAGCACUGUGCCCGGGAGGAAGGGGCAGAUUUGAAUGGGUUGUGACAGCACGGUCAGCAGUAGGUCCGUGGCCAUGCGAACAAAUGGCGAGUAGGGUCGUGCCCAUGUAGGUUCAAGAGAGCUUGUGGCCGCUCGCGGACAGCGGGGCGGAGCGCGCGAUGCUGGCGCGCGGCGCGCCGCAGGCCUUGGUGGCGCUGCUGCUGGGCACGUCGGGCUCGCCCGCGCCCGACGCUUCAGGCGGCGAUUGCACAGAGUGGUCGCUCGUGUGGUACACGCAUGCCAUGAGCGAGGAGCACUACGUGACGAGCCAGCUACUGGCAGGACUCCCCGUGCGGCCUCCAGUCUUGAGCCGGCCCUUGCGCACCAUAGCGGAGGCAGCGCUGCGCAGCGGGGACCCUGCAGCGGCAGCGGCGGCGGUGCACGGCGCCGCGCCGCAGCCCGCGUUUCCAGCGGCGCCGUGGCGGGGACCGCCAAAGCAGCUGCAGGCAGCCAUGGUCCAGGCGGCGGCAGAUGUUGCCGCAGGCAUGCAGGACUGCACCAUCGCCGUCACGCGCCUGCGGAUGUCGCCGAAGUGCGCAGCGAGCGCCAGGCUCGCGGAGGCCUGCCAGUCCCGUGGCCUGCGGUGUGUGUUCGUGGUGCUGGGAGAGGAAGGGGACGGCUGCGGCGCCUGCCAGGCGUUCUACAAGGCGGCGCAGCUGGUGAUCCGCAACUACCACAAUCAGGACUGCGCCACGCUCGGAAGCCGAGUGCUGACGGUACCCAUGGGUCUGGCUCGCCCGCUGCCGGAAGGGUUGCGGCGCGGCGGCCUUCCUGCCAGCGCGCGGAGGUGGGCCUGGAGCUUCGCCUCCCAGCACGAGACUCGCCCCCGCACCCAGGUCGCCCGAUUCUUCCAGAGGCGGUUCCAGGGCCAGCAGGAGCACAGAUUCCGGUUGGUCUACCCUGGGGAAGACCCAGAGUACAUGGCCACGUUGUGCGACAGCAAGUUCGCGCUCUGCCCCCGCGGCAACGUGGAGGACACUUGGAGACUGCACGAGGCCCUCCACUGCGGGGCAAUCCCCGUGGUUACGGAUGGGGGAGAGUAUUUCCCGCGAUAUAUGCCAGAGAGCCUCACCCGCCAUUUCGUGACGGCCGCGGCGGACUUGCGGGACGGCUCUCUAGAGGCGGUCGUGGCGGAAAUCGAACGAUUACUGCAGAGUCCUGAGGAGCUCUUGCGGAAGCAGCAGCUCUUGCUGAAGGCGCACGCGGACUUCGGGCAGGAGUGGAGCCGCAGUGUGUUGCAAGGGGUCGGCGCCGUGGCGACACAUCGUGCUCAGGCGCCGCGCAGCGCUUCGGGCGAGCUGUGAUUGACGCCCAGCGGAGCGCUGAUAAAAAAUGUUGGGCAGCUUCCUGCAUCGUGCCUCACCAUGGUGGCCUCGGGGGCGGGUUUACGGUGUCAGCACUGCUACUCGCACAGUAUCCACGCACAGUCAGCACUGCUACUGCUUCACGCUUCGACG